GUGUUCUGAUGUAACCGCGAACCUGGUUUAAUCUUCAUCAUCAGCUGGGAACACUGGCGCUGAAACCACGGUCAGAACAUCCAUGUGUAGGAUCCACAGAUCCACGGUGACGUCCGUCCGCCUGCAGCGGUGCUGACAGCGGAUACUCACCGGGGGAGUGAGUGUUGUGUUCGGGCACUACAGGACGUACAUACCGCCGUGGACACACACGGCCAGCUCACCGUCCACUGGGCUUCACCGUGGGCAGACAUCCAGCUGAGGAACUGCGGACACGUUCAUAGCAGGGAGAUGGACUGCAGGUCAGAGAUGAUGGCACGUGUCUGUGGUUCUGAAAACUCACCUGAGAAACACUGGCUGUCAGCUGCAUAGUAUUCCAGUCUCAUAUAAAGGCAAAGGCUGUGAGCGAGGAGAGCGAUGAACCGCAGAGCUGCUGCUGCACAAAUCUUGAAGCUCAUUGUCAUUCUGAGCCUCACCCUGUGUACACUGGUAUGGCAGUAAGUUAAAAUGUGUGAAUAACGAUGACUCCCUGCUGCUUGAAGAGUGAAGCCGACUGAGAGGAGCGCCGCCUCACUUCAACACUCUCAACGCACACACACACACACAUAUACACUCAGAAGAAUAACCAUGCUGAUCAAGGAGUAUCGUAUCCCCAUGCCAAUGAGCGUGGAGGAGUACCGAAUUGCUCAGCUCUACAUGAUCCAGAAAAAGAGCCGAGAGGAGAGCUGUGGCGAGGGCAGCGGGGUGGAGAUCCUGGAGAACAGGCCCUACGAGGAUGGCCCCGGAGGCUCGGGCCAGUACACACACAAAGUCUAUCACAUUGGGAAACACAUCCCGUCGUGGUUCUGUUCCAUCCUGCCUCAGGCCGCUCUCCGAGUGGAGGAGGAGUCCUGGAAUGCCUACCCUUACACACGCACCCGGUAUACUUGUCCCUUUGUGGAGAAAUUCUCUAUUGACAUUGAGACAUAUUAUAAACCAGAUACUGGAAAUCAAGGGGACGUCUUCAGUCUGUCCUCUGUUGAGAAGAGACAGAGAACUGUGGAUCUCAUAGAUAUCGUAAAGGACUACAUCGCUCCUCAUGAGUACCUGGUGGAGGAGGACCCAAAGCUGUAUCAGUCCAUCAAGACCAAACGGGGUCCACUGUCAGACGACUGGAUCGAGGAGAUCAUCCAGAAUCCUUGUGAGAACCAGGUCAUGUGUGCUUACAAGCUCUGCAAAGUGGAGUUCAGAUACUGGGGCAUGCAGUCCAAGAUCGAACGCUUCAUACAUGACGUGGGUCUGCGUAAAGUGAUGGUACGUGCCCACCGGCAGGCAUGGUGCUGGCAGGACGAGUGGUACGGCCUGACCAUUGAGGACAUCAGGGAGCUGGAGCUGGAGACCCAGCUGGCGUUGGCCAAGAAGAUGGCCCAGUACAGCCUUACCGAGGAAGGGGGAGCGGAGACCAAUGGCUCGUCUGUGAGCCAGGACCAGACAUCCGGAGCUGAGGCCAUGGGGGCAAAAGCAGAGGCAGAUGGAGGGAAAAAUAGGGAUUCCCUGGGGAAUCGAGGAGAACUCACCAAACAGUGGUCAACGUCGUCCAGAUCCUCCAACAGGUCAUCAAAGAGAGGAGGAAGUCCGUCUCAUCAGAGCAUUUCAGAGUGGAGGAUGCAGAGCAUUGCACGGGACUCUGAGGACAGUACAGACGAUGAGUUCUUUGACGCUCAUGAGGACUUCUCUGACAACGAGGAGAUGUUUGCCAAGGAGAUCACCAAGUGGAGCUCAAAUGACCUGAUGGACAAGAUAGAGACAAUAGAGGUGGAUGAAGCACAAGAAGUCUUGUAUCAGGAGUCAGGUGGGGAGUAUGCUGGGAUGAGUAAUGAGGAGACGCAGAUGGAGGAUUGUUCAUCCCAGCAGUGUCUGCAGCCGUCCAAAGUUCACGUCCUCGUCCUAGUCCUGCACGGUGGAAACAUUCUGGACACUGGCUCAGGCGAACAGAGCAGCAAGCAGGGGGAUGUAAACACCCUGAGUGGGGCUUUUGACACCGUGAUGAGGGUCCAUUACCCUGCGGCAAUGGGACGCAUCACCAUCCGGAUGGUCCCGUGUCCCGCUGUGUGUGCUGACGCAUUCUCGCUGGUCUCUAACCUGAGCCCCUACAGCUACGAUGAAGGCUGCCUCUCCAGCAGUCAGGACCACAUCCCGCUGGCUGCUCUGCCUCUGUUGGCUACCUCUGCACCACAGUAUCAAGAUGCGGUGGCGACUGUCAUCCUAAGAGCCAAUCAGGUGUACAAUGACUUCAUCAAGUCUUUAGAAGGGACAUCCUUCAAUGGCCAGGUGUGUGUCAUUGGCGACUGUGUUGGAGGAAUCCUGGGAUUCGAUGCUCUGUGCAGCAGCUCAGUGACGGUGAUAGAGAGUCAGAACAGCAGCAGACGAGGCAGCACCAUCAGUGUGCAGGACACGGACCUUCUCUCUCCAGGUAUCAUCAUAAACAGCGUCUCUCCGUCCUCGCCGUCCCUCGAGGGAAGCCGCCACCUCAGCCGCAGCAACAUCGACAUUCCUCGCUGCUCGGGGCCCGACGACCCCAAGAAACAACUGCCACGCAAGCGCAGUGACUCCUCCACGUAUGAGCUAGACACCAUCAAACACCACCAAGCCUUCCUGUCCAGUCUUCACUCCAGUGUCCUCUACGCUGAGCCUGGGUCACGGCGAUCCAGCAACAGCACCAUGUUGGAGGGAGGCUCCUUGGGGAAGUUUGACUUCGAGGUGACAGACUUCUUCCUCUUCGGCUCUCCUCUGGGGCUUGUGCUCGCACUGAGGAAGACUGUGGUGCCCUCGUUAGAUGUGUCAGCCUUGCGUCCCGCCUGUCAGCAGGUUUACAACCUGUUUCACCCGGCCGACCCCUCGGCCUCGCGCCUGGAGCCGCUCCUGGACAAGAGGUUCCACCUGCUGCCUCCCUUUAGUGUUCCACGUUAUCAGCGCUUUCCUCUGGGUGACGGGCACUCUGCUCUCCUGGUGGAGACAGUGCAGAGUAACCCUCAGCUUCUCAUGGAGUCUGCUGCGGCUUCCCAACGUUGCCAGGAAAGUGUCGUCAGUGAGACCACCAUCCCUGUGCCUAUCCUCAACUGGCAGACUUCACAGCUCCACACAGAGAGUCUGGCAAAUCAAAUCUGCAAAGCAGAUGCUCUUCACACACAUAAUUUCGUGGACGGCCAGUAUCCGCCGCCCACGUCACCCGGCGUCCCUCACCUCCGCUGCACGCGCAGGGCCAGCGAGGCCAGCAUAGCGAGUCAGGUGUCAGGCUUGGCCGACGCGUACACCGCCUCCAACAUCGCCACGACACACAAAGUGAGCCUCAGUAAAAGGCCCAGUCUGCUGUCCCACCUGACUCUGCCCUACAAUAAAUUUGCCGCUCGGACGUCGUCCGCUCGGUCGCGCAGCAAAAUGCGUGGGGUGUUGCCGAGAUCCAACGGUGUGGAGUCAGAGCAGAGCUCGGACUUUAGCUCUGACAUGACUUCUCACCUGACCGAUGACAUGUCUGACGUCACUGACAUCAGCUCUGCUCCCCUGUCACUGGGGGUGUUGAAGAACAUAGAGCAAGUUGCCUCUCGGUGGUGGGGCAGUAAGAGGACAGACUAUGCUCUGUACUGUCCUGACGCCCUGACAGCGUUUCCAACGGUGGCUCUGCCUCAUCUCUUCCACGCCUCCUACUGGGAAUCCACAGAUGUUGUCUCCUUUCUACUUCGACAGGUGAUGAGACAUGAGAAUUCCAGUAUUUUGGAGCUGGACGGGAAAGAAGUCUCUGAAUUCACUCCGUCCAAACCUCGAGAAAAGUGGCUUCGCAAGAGAACUCACGUUAAAAUCAGAAACGUGACGGCAAACCACCGCGUGAACGACGCCGUGUUCACGGAGGACGGAGCGCAGAUGGUGAUGGGACGCUUCAUGUACGGUCCUCUGGACAUGGUCACCCUCACUGGAGAGAAGAUUGACAUCCACAUCAUGACCCAGCCUCCCUCUGGAGAGUGGGUGUACUUUAACACAGAGCUCACCAACAGCAGUGGGCGUGUCUCUUAUGUAAUCCCUGAAAACAAAAAACUGGGUGUCGGUGUGUAUCCUGUCAAAAUGGUCGUCAGGGGUGACCACACAUUUGCAGACAGCUAUCUAACUAUUUUACCACGGGGAACAGAGUUUGUUGUGUUCAGUAUUGACGGGUCAUUCGCUGCCAGUGUGUCGAUCAUGGGCAGUGACCCAAAGGUUCGAGCUGGAGCUGUAGAUGUGGUGAGAUACUGGCAGGACUUGGGCUAUUUGAUAGUGUACGUCACGGGUCGCCCUGACAUGCAGAAACAGCGCGUGGUGGCCUGGCUCUCGCAACAUAACUUCCCUCAUGGCAUCGUCUCCUUCUGCGAUGGGCUGGUUCACGACCCCCUCCGCCACAAGGCCAACUUCCUCAAACACCUCAUCAACGAGGCCCACAUGAGGAUCUUCGCAGCCUAUGGCUCCACCAAGGACAUCUCCGUGUACACGUCCAUCGGUCUGUCUCCGUUUCACAUCUACAUAGUGGGGAGACCCACAAAGAAAAUGCAGCACCAGUGUCAGUUCAUCUCGGAUGGCUACGCCUCCCACCUGUCCCAGCUGGAGUACAACCAGAGGUCUCGCCCCGCGAAGUCCGCCACCAACCGCAUGGUCCUCCGGAAGGGCAGCUUUGGCCUGGGCGCAGCUGGAGGAGACUUCCUGCGCAAGCGCAACCACAUCUUUCGCAGCAUCUCGUCUCAGAAGCCCACAGGAGCUGGGUCGGCAUCGCCCAACCCGACGGGCCGGACUGAACGAACGCUGAGCCAGUGCGAGACAGAGCGCGAGCGAGUCAUCGCCACGGCGACCCAGAGAAGCAUGAGCCUGGCUGCGGGCUGCUGGGGCCGCAGCGGGAGCACCAAGGAGGGCAGUGGAGGGUUACUUGGGCCAAAAUAAUUAAAAGAAGGAGCUGCGGCGGUUGUAAAGGACUCGGCCUGAGCCACCAUGAUCUCUGGAUGAGUGAUGGCUGGAAUGAAGAGAGGAGAGGAAAUAGGAAGUCGAGAUAAAGGGGUUAUAGUCUAGAAAUGAAAGAUAGUUGAGGGAUAAAAACACACUUUUAUUAUUCUAUUAGAGAAUAGAGAAGGAGAGAUAUUUAGGGAUCUGUUCAGGAGGAGUGGACUAAUCAGGCCAAAUGGGACGCAGUGAACAAAAGACAGUUCUGUAGCAUGACUCUUUUACAGUAAUACUUUUUAUAGGAUACAUUUACUAUUAAAAAGUGACAAGGAAGGGUUUAGAGAAUUAUUGUAAGCCUUAAAGUUAUCUCGUAUAACGGGACGAGCCCGAACCCCCCCAACGUUUCUAAACACACACACACACACACGCCCAAACAUUCCCCCUCAUGAGCUCAGGACAAACAGUUAGAGCCAGAUUCAUCUUCAAGCUCGGGGGUUCGGGCCACGUGAAAAAAAAAAGCCAAUGACUUUCACCUCGGUUUUUGUCAACACCUGUCGGCUACGUGACAUGUUUCACUCACACUCAGCAAUGACUGGCAAUAAGUACGACACAAGAGAGAGAGAGAGAGAGAGAGAGAGAAAGAGGCCACAGUGUGAAGAAAACGUCAAUCUUCAAGGAUCAGGUCUCCCAAAUUACGAAAGAUAUCAUUUUCAUCUUUUACCAUUCGUAGUAUUUAUUCAUGAUGCUAGUUUUGCUUUUAUUUGUCCAGAAUGUGCACAAGAAAUAAUCAGUCAAAUAAGCUCAAAAUCACUGUAAAACUCACAUUGGCCUCAUAAAUGUUCAAAUUAGU